AUAAAUUUGACUCAUCUCUUAACCGUUCGAGUCCUUGUUGAAUUGUGUUACUUGCCGCCUGCAUCGAUGUCGAAAACACAGCUUCGAUUCUAUCAUCUUGAAGAUCACCUCGCUCACUUGCAACUAGUGCAUCGAGCGCGUAGUGUUUAUCUGUCAACGCCGAUUCUGCAGCUAUUCUGGACAACAGUUUCCGUUGCAAAUGUGCUUCUGUCUUUCCUUCCAAGUUCUGACCGGAGUGCGUGUCGUUCGUCGAUCUGUAUCGUCGUGCAGCGUCUCUAUAGCGUAUACACUGCAGCCGAUGCUUCAGUUCGGUGUCUAUUUGCUCCGUGUGGGUUUUGCUACCUCGCUUCCACUCUGUUUCCUUUCCGUUGCCGUUGGACUGUCACCCAACAAUACCUUGUAUAUCCCCGCGCAGCCUGUUGUGCCCUGUAUCCACUCAUUUCAUUUGGUUGUUUUGCCAAAUGCUCUCAUGUAUAUCCCUGCGCAGCCUGUUGCGUCAUGUAUUGUCUGGUGCCGCCUUGCAGACAGUGUACAGCACACGGGCCGCCCGCUGGCGCUGAAUUCAUAGUAGAUUGUGCUGCCAACUCGUUUCAUGUAUAUCCUCGCGCAGCUUGUUGCGUCUUGUAUUUUUCUCAUGUUCCAUUUGGCUGUCUCUCCAAUGCUUGCAUGUAUAUCCCUGCGCAGCCUGUUGUGCUCUGUAUCCUGUUCAUCUCAUUUGGUUGUCCUGCCAAGUAGUCUCAUGUAUAUCCUUGCGCAGCCUGUUGCGCCAUGUAUGCUCCGUGCCGCCUUGCGGACAAUGUGUACAGCACACGAGCCGCUGGUGGAGUGAAUUAUCUUUCUGUGGUGUUAUCUUGGCGACGAUCUGAUGUCGAUACCCGAACUCUGAUCCGAUUUG